UUUACGUCGUGCCGUAUGGUGACGUAGCUUCUUUACGUGGUGCCGUAGCUCCUGUCUGUAUGUUGAGAGCAGUAAUGUCGGAGGAGGUUGGGAAGGCGCUGCGGUCGGUGGUGGAGCGGGUGAACCAGGCGGCGGCUCGCCGGCCCAAGAUCCUUCCGGCGGUGCCUCCUCGCCUCGUAGCUGUCAGUAAGACCAAACCUCCAGAGAUGGUGGUGGAGGCCUACAGACAAGGCCAGCGCAACUUUGGAGAGAAUUACGUGAAUGAACUGGUGGACAAAGCUUCAGAUCCUCUGAUUUUAGACUCUUGUCCAGAAAUCAAGUGGCACUUUAUCGGCCAUCUACAGAAGAAUAAUGUCAACAAACUGUUGGGCGUGCCGAACCUUUUCCUGGUGGAGACGGUCGACUCGGCCAAACUGGCCGAGCGGGUCAACAGCUCCUGGCAGCGCCUGAGAGGAGCCAGCACUCAGAGGUUAAAGGUCAUGGUGCAGAUCAACACCAGCGGAGAACAGAGUAAACACGGUCUGCCUCCAGAAGAGACGGUGAACACGGUGAAACACAUCGUGACUAAAUGCUCCGCGCUGCACUUCUCAGGACUCAUGACCAUCGGUCGCUACGGCUACGACCUCACGCUGGGCCCCAACCCAGACUUCCAGAUGCUGCUGAGUCGGAGGCAGGAGGUGUGUGACAGUCUGAAGCUUCCUCUGGAGGACGUAGAGCUCAGCAUGGGGAUGUCCACUGACUUUGAACACGCCAUCGAGGUGGGCUCCACCAACGUGCGGGUGGGCAGCGUGAUCUUCGGCAGCAGGUUGUAUCCAAACAGUGCAGCCAACACUCCUAACCCCAGCCCGGCCCCCAGCCCGGCCCCCAGCCCCGAGAAGACCACCAAGACGGUGUCUGAAGAGGCCGCCAAGAAGAUGCAGCACCUCACUGUGUCUGAGCACUAAGAAGACUCCGCCUCCUCCUCUAAAAUACCUUUAAGAAUAAAAAAACACUCUUCACUAGAGCAGUGAGACAGAUCAUCUCCACACGGAGCUAACAGGGCGAUUUUCUUGCAUCAUUUUAAAGUGUAAUUGCCUAAUCUUCACUUUUUCUGUGCCCUUUUUGCUCUUUUAAGCAUUAAAAAGUGGCAUUCAGUACAGAACUAGUUGUACAUUUUUUUAAACGUAGUGUAUUACUAAGCUAUAGAGCUCAGACUUCCUUCCCAUGGAACUCUAACCUAUCAGAAACAUGAGUUGACAGGAGAACAUGAGGAUUUGUUUGGAUUUGUUGUGCUGAUGUAAUAUUUUCUACCUUUCCAACCCAACAUGUGACAUUAUGGAAAUGUGCUUGAUUUUGUCCCGGAGAUCAGGAAGUCGACACCGUAACAAAAUGUACCGUUUUUGUUGUACAGAUGAAGCAAAGACUUGAUGAAAUAAA